AUGGCUGGCUCUCCCGUAAUUGAGAGUGGAAUCUGCGACAUAGGGAAGCUGUCGUUCCACCUGAUAGUGUUGGUCACACUCGCGGCGCCGCUGUUCCUGGUGUGGAGCGCGUGGCGCCUGCUCACGGGCCUGCUGGCGCUGCCCCAUCACGUGUACCAGGUGGGAGACGACAUGGUCUUCCACUUCUGCCAGAGGCUCAUGAUCGCGCUCCUGGAAGGCGUCGUCGGCGUUAAGGCGUUGUUCUAUGGAGACAUCGGAGACAUUGUGCAGAAGAAAGAGCGAGCUUUCUACAUCGUCAACCACCAAAGCUCCUUCGACUGGAUUGCCGUGAGCCUGCUGGCCGAACGCACAGGAUGCACGGGUAACCUGCGGUUCAUAGUCAAGAAGACCAUACAGUCGGUUCCGCUACUCGGCUUCUACUUCCACCAGCAUGGCUGUAUCUACAUCAACCGGCAGCAGCUAAACCACUUCAAGAUGAAGCAAGGUCUCUACUACCUCCAGAAUAAAUCCAUACAGUCAAGCGUUGUGCUGUUUCCCGAAGGCAACCGGUUCAUCCCCGGCAAAAUGGACGUCAUCAAAAAAAGCACGGAGUUCGCACUUAGCCAAGGUCUUCCGGUGCCUCGCCAGCACCUGAUGCCGCGGGCGCGGGGUUUCGUGCUGACCGUCGAGGAGAUGCGGAACUACCUGGACGCGGUGUAUUGCGUUACCAUCAUCUACGGCGGCACCAAGAUGCCCCACGGGGGCCGCAGGGCCGCACCCAAUAUUUGCGACAUGUUCACCGGAAAGUGCGGUGUGGUGCACAUGCACAUCAAGUGAACGCCCAUCGACAAGCUUCCCGAUGAUGACAACGGACUCAAGAAGUUCAUCUUCGACGCCUUCUACGAGAAAGACAAGAUGCUCACCGCGUACUACGAAUCUGACGAGACCCCGCCCGAGCUCCAGAACCCGGUGUUCGUGCCGUGCGAGCACGUGCACAGCAAGCUCGUGUCCGUGGCCGCGGUGUUCACCGUCAGUUUCCUCUUGCUGACGCCGGGAGGCCGCGCCUGCGUCUGGAUGACCUGGCUGUACGGCUCCAUCUUCGGAUACUCCUGGCUCGGAAUGAACUCGGUCGCGUGAGCCGCGCCUUCGGCCACGCGCGGUCUCGGACGCAUACUCGCUCUCGGACUCGAGUCGUAGCUCGGGGACUGCACGUUAUCCGCGAGCUUGACACGAAUGUCGUCCUCGCUAUACGCAAUUCUUUUUGCUGCGAAGCGUCCAUCUUGUCGCGAUAUGUGUACAUUAACGGUCGUCAUUCUAUUUUGUUCACACUGUCCAAAAUCUGUAAUAUAGGUAUAGUUUGUGCGAGAAUGCCAAUGUUUAGUCGCAAACCUUUGUUCUCCUGUUUAGGGCUUAGCGAGUGCUAGCUAACGUUAAAGCAGGUCAUAUGACAUUCAUUAGAAGGUAGCUAUCUACUUAUGUAGCAUGAUGUGCUGCAAUGUCGUGUAGCAUGACAUGCUGCAACAUCAUCGAUUUCAUAUAGUCUCAUUUUGAUUGGUUUGGUGUGUCGUAUGUUCUCAUCUGUGUCAACUAAGCCAUCAUGCAUUGUAUACAGGCAUCACGUGAUGUUUGAGAAGCACUUUGGGGUUGGGGCGUAUCAUAGUGCGAAUAAUUAGAUACUUAGAACCAGCACACAGAUAUA